GUCCCUUUCAAACUGCAUCAUUCUUCUAUUAUUAUUCAAAAUUCACUUUCUUGCUGUAAAAAUAGUUUAAAAGAUUCUAAUACAACUGGCUCGUGACCCCGACAAUUUCAUAGCUUGUAUAGUAGUAAUGUACUGACAUAUUUUCGCCUCACCCUCUUGCACUUUUCCAUUUAAGCCAUCAUUCACUCUCACUCCCACUCUGCAUUUUGGAGUGUCCUCCUUUACCUGAAAAAACAGCAAAUGGCUCAGCUUAACCUUACACUACUUGUCUGUCUAUUCUUCUUGGGUCUUUGCCUUUAUCCGUGUCCUACUUCGGCCCAGCUUAGUCGACACCACUAUGCCAAAACAUGCCCCAAUGUCGAGAACAUCGUCAGAGAAGCAGUCAAAAAGAAGUUUCAUCAAACCUUUGUCACGGUUCCUGCUACCAUUCGUCUCUUCUUCCAUGAUUGCUUCGUGCAGGGUUGUGAUGCCUCGGUUUUGGUUUCAUCGACGGGAAACAACAAAGCAGAGAAGGAUCACCCUGAUAAUCUUUCACUCGCUGGAGAUGGGUUUGACACGGUGAUUAAAGCAAAAGCAGCAGUGGAUGCAGUUCCACUCUGCAGGAACAAAGUUUCAUGUGCUGAUAUUCUAGCCAUGGCAACCCGGGAUGUUAUUGCACUGGCUGGUGGGCCUUUCUACCAAGUUGAAUUGGGAAGAUUUGAUGGGCUAAGAUCUAAAGCUUCUGAUGUGAACGGGAGGCUGCCUCAGCCAGAGUUCAACUUGAAUCAGCUUAAUUCACUGUUUGCGGCCAACGGUCUCACCCAAACGGAAAUGAUAGCCCUAUCAGGAGCCCACACCGUUGGAUUCUCGCAUUGCAACAAAUUCUCGAAGAGAGUAUACAAUUUCAAGAACAAAAGUCGAGUGGACCCUACAUUGAACGAGAAAUACGCAUCAGAGCUAAGAUCAAUGUGUCCAAGGAAUGUGGAUCCAAGGAUCGCGAUCGAUAUGGACCCAGCAACGCCACGGUCAUUCGACCAUGUUUAUUUCAAGAAUCUUCAGCAAGGGAAGGGCCUAUUCUCCUCAGACCAAGUCCUCUUCUCGGACCCAAGGUCCAAGCCCACAGUAAAUGCCUUUGCUAGUAGCAGCAAAAUCUUUCAUGCCAACUUCGCUGCUGCCAUGACCAAAUUGGGCCGAGUUGGUAUCAAGAAUGCUCAGAAUGGAAACAUUCGUACCGAUUGUUCAGUCAUUUAAUUUAGUUUACGACAAACGUUGCACAUGUUAAGGAGGAGAAUAUUAUCAAAUCAGGGGAAUUCGUUAUGUAUAUUACCUUUCCUUAUGUCAUAAUAAGCACCCAAACAAGUUAAUUUCUCGAAUGGCAUCGUGAUUUGUCUGGUUCUCUUU